AUGAUUAGUUUACCUUUUAAUUUUCUAACCAAUUACUAUUCAACACAUUCAAGACAAUUAUUAACUUUAACAGAAAAACUAUAUCGUGAAAAUCAAUUAUCCUCAUAUUUGACACCUCAACAAUUGUUUAUAAUUGAAGAAUUAAUAAAUACUUCAAACAAGGAGCUAAAAUUAAAGAUUUGGGAUUUAUUUUUAAAAGGUAAACUUAUACUAAACGUAGAAAAAAUUAAGCCAGAAAAAACACCCCAGCAAUGGCCCUCAGGACAAAACUUAGAAAGUAUUAUCAAACAAAAUGAAAAAGAUAACCUAGAACAAAAAAAAAACGAAAAUAGAGAGGGGUCAACUGUCCAACGUGUAUCAAGUUCAACUACUUCUAAUAAUGGUACCAGCUUUAUACCUGGACAAGAACACUCAGAUCAAAAUUUUAAUGAAUAUAAUAGUGAAAACAAUACACCUUCUGAUCUAUAUAGUGGGACUGAUUUUACUGAUAUUGAUUUAGCCAAUCUAAUGGAUCAAUUGAAUGGUGUAGAAUUUGUUGGUAAUCUUUCUUUAAAGUUAAGAUAUGCAUUGUGGGAAAAGUUUAUUGAUUACGGUUACUCUGACGCCGAAAAUAACUCAAAAACCAUGGAUAUGGAAUAUCUAUUAUUAGAUGAAGAUAAGGUUUACGAUAGCGAUAAUGAAAAUACAAAGCAAGAAGAACAUAAAGUGGAGACCAUAGGUACUAUUGUAAGGAAUGAAGACGAUGAUUACGAUGAUUACGAUGAUGAAAACGAUGAAGCAGCAGAAAAGAUAGAUAAACCCCCACUCCAAAAGCAUUCUUCUAUUGAAACCGACGGGACGAGUGGUGUGAAUAAAGAUGUCAUCCUUUCAGAUAAUUUUGAUGAAAAUGGUAACUAUAUAUUAAAAAUUGAAAUAUCAAAAGAAAUAUUGUCCAGACUUCGAAUCACCAACACUGAGCAAAUUAUGGAAAGAUUUGACAAAAUAUAUCAUAAUUUUGAGAACGAUAAAGAGGCUUUAAUGAAAAGAUUAAAAUUAGAAGCAAAUGAUGAACUAAUUGAAUCUUCCCGGGGCAAAAGGACAUAUCAAGAUAGUUUGGAUGAAAAUGAUGAGAUAGGCGACAGUAAAAGUGAAACUAGUGGUAAUAAUGCUACUAGCAAUAUUACCUCGGUUAAUAAUAGGAAGAAUAAUUCUGCUGUAACUUCGACUGUUUCUAAAAAGAAUAAUUCCAAGACUAUCGGUUCUAAAAAUGAAAAGAAGGAAAAUAAAAAAGAAUUUAAAACUCAAAAAAAAAUCAAACCCAAUGAUCCGUAUUCAUUUUUAGGUAAUUUGCCCAUUAAACACCUAAUUUCUCAAAUUGAAAAUAAUCGUAAUGUUUUAAGCAUUCCCGAUUUGGAAUUAAAACAUUUAUUAUUGGAUGUUAGGAAAAGUAGGUCCAAAUGGGCUUCUGAUGAUAAAAUUGGACAAGAAGAACUAUACGAAGCCUGCGAGAAAGUUGUUUUGGAUUUAAGAAAUUAUACACAGCACUCAACAGCAUUUUUAAAUAAAGUUAGUAAGAGGGAUGCUCCAAAUUAUUAUACUGUUAUUAAAAAACCCAUGGAUCUCAAUACUGUUUUGAAAAAAUUGAAAACUUUUCAGUACAGAUCUAAACAAGAGUUUACUGAUGAUGUAAUGUUGAUCUGGAAAAAUUGUUUGACCUACAAUUCAGAUCCAAAACAUUUUUUGAGAGGUCAUGCCUUGGCUAUGCAGAAAAAAUCAUUGCAGCUAAUCAAUAAUAUACCGGACAUAAUUGUUAGAGAUCGUGCUGAGGUGGAAAAAGAGUUGGAGGAGUUGGAUAAAGAACAAAAUGAGAAAAAUGCAGAACGAGAAUCCAGUGGAGGAGAAGGAAGAGGAGGAGGAAGAGGAGGAACAGAAGAAGAUGAGGAAGAGGGAAGAGGAAGAAAACAUCAUAAGGGCAAGGAUAAAGGUGGGAAGGGAAGUAAGCGUGGCAGUGGAAAGCAAAAGGCAAUUCAUUCACUCAAUAAGGAAAAUGAAAAACAAGAAAAUACUGUUAGUAAAUCCAUCGAUCAAAAUACCGAAUUAAUUAAAACAGCGUGUACACCAGAUACUCAUGCAGCUAAUACUCCCUUGAAGUCGACUGGAAAUGGAACAGGCAAAACACCUGGUGGAAUUACCGAAAAAAGGAAAGACAUUGAUGUGAAAAAGGAAAAUGAAAUACAAGGACAAAAUGAGGUUUUCCGCGAAGAUGAAGACGAGGAUGAAGAAAUGUCUGAUGAUGAGGGAUAUUCUCAAUAUUUGAAGGAAAAAGACGUAGAUAAAGAUGAUGUUGAGCUAACUUUGUGGAAAAAUAUAACAUCAAAAGCACGUGCUGAAAUUUGUGUGCAAAGGUCUAAUAUUUUUAAAAAUUCCACAACGUUAAAUUCCAAGGCAGAAGCCAUAAUAAGAUACCCAACUUUAAUGAAAGAGCAUUCACAGCUGUUAAGUGAUUACAAAACAAAACUGGAACAGGAAAUAUUAAGUGAAAAAAUGAAAAAAGAAUCAAUGCUCAGAAAUGGUUUUGGUGCAGCCAUAUUAUUUGCUAAUGCCAACAAUUCUGAUAUUAGUGUUCAUAAUAAUAUUUCAGAUAGUAGCAAUAAUGUUUUAUCGACACAAAAAGAAGGUGAACUUGAGGAGAAUAAAACUUCUAAUAAUAAUAAUAAUAAUAAUAAUAAUGAGGACGAUGAGGAUGAAGUGGUUAACAUCGAUGCCGAUGAUUUGGUAUUUUUACCGGAAUAUAAUGUGGGAAAUUCUUUGCCUGACAUAGCGUAUGUUGGAAUUAGCAACGAGCUGUUAAACAAUAUAGAAGAUGAUUUAAUCAAUGAACAAUUGAGCUCAGAUACUUCGAUUAACCGGAGUCUUUUUUUAGCAAAUACCAAUAAGGGAUUAACCCCCAAAUUGGAUAAAAAUAUUCGGUUGAUUGAGGAAAUUCGCCACAUAUGUCAUAAGAUAUCAUUAAUUAGGACUCUUUACAAUAGACAGCUUGUUUAUUCGAACUCAGUAAAUUCAUCAACGGGAGGAAAUAAUUCAUCAAAGAUUUCUGCCUCACAACAAAAUCUUCACUCGUCUUUUUACAGAAAAAAGGAAAUAAAUAAUGAUUUGGAUAUCGACCCUGUAUCCAGAUUACACACAAGAAACAGUAAGGGUGACAAAGCUGUUAUACGUGCUUUUCUACACAAAAUUGUGUCUAAAAUUGCCAUGAAUAGUGGAUUCGAAGCAACACAACAGUUCGCCAUUAAUUCCCUGACCGACAUUACCUGUGAUUACUUAUCUAAUUUAAUUAAAACUGUUAAAAUACAUACAGAGACAAUUUCAAAUAAUAAAAAAGAUACACAAACUAUUCUUUUGAUGACGAUGCUAGAAAAUGGUAUAAUGAAGCCGGAUGAAUUAUAUUCAUAUAUAGAAAAGGAAUUUCAAAAGAAAACAAGAAAAUUGAAAGAAAUAAAAUACAGGUUAAACUUGUUUUUAAAAGAUUUAUUGCGCCCUUCCUUAAAUGAUUUAUCUGAAAGAAACUUUGAAGAUGAGAGUCAAUCAUUUAUUACUGGUGAGUAUUCCUCCGAAUUAACGGGAGAGGAUUUUUUUGGUUUCAAAGAGUUGGGGUUAGACAAAGAAUUUAAAAUGUUGAAUUCCUCUAUUCCGUUGCAUUUGUUAGCGUUUCAAUUCCAAGCUAAAAGAAGUACCACUGGUACAAAGGAUAAGAAAAUCCAGCCUGAAGAAUUUAGUUCUAUCACUUAUACACCUAUCACAAAAGAUGAUUUGGAACAAAAAGAUACAGAUAAUGAUCGUGGCAGCAAUCAUCCUAAGAUCAUUGGGUUGUUGAAACCUUUGUUGCUCAAACAAUAUGAACGUUGCAAAAAUAUCAGCUUAGAAAGUAAUCCACAAUGGGACAAAAAUGUUUUGUUGGAAGAUACACAGAUGCCGAACAAACCAAAACCGCCUAGACUACCGCCUACUGGUAAAAUUGGCACAAUUAAAAAGAAAUUAGUGAAAACUGCGUAUUUCUUACCUGAAGCUUUAAAAGAGCAAAUUAAAAAGGAAAAACAGGAAGAACUAAAGAGAUUGGAAGAAUUAAAAAAACAAAGAGAAGCGAAAGCAAGGGAAAGUCAAUUGAUGGAUAAACAAGAUGAAAAUGUGAGUUUUAGUCAAAAAGCACAGGCAGUAAAUGGGUUUAAUACUGAAAAUAAAAAAUCAGAGAGCACUUUUAGUUUAAGUUUACCACCUGUGAUUCCAAACAUAUAA